UCACACUAGGUGGUGACCCUUCUCCCAUUUGUUUAUUCCUUUUCUGUUUUUUUUCUCUCUCUGGGUAUUAAAUUAUUGUUUCGGAUGUCACUACCAAUACAUUUUCUUCACUCAUUCACACUAAUCAGCUGUGAGCACCACAACUCAAAGUUGGUAAAAGCCUGAACUCUUCUGCAUUAGCAGUAGUUAAAGGGUUAUUGUUCCAAGAUUUAUGUGGCAUGCAAUUUGCCAUUAUUGAGAAUCAUGAAGCAGAAUUCUACUUCCUUGAGGAAUUCGGGUUUAUAUACAAGCCCAGCAACACCAGAAUAUGGAGAUAAUAAUGUUAGAGGAUUUCAGAAGGGAUGGAGUUCUGAACGAGUCCCGUUGCCGACUAACAGCGGCAGGAGGCAUAUUAGUACUACUGCAUUGAUGCCUUUCAAUAGUGGAAGGACAGUGCCUUCAAAAUGGGAUGAUGCUGAAAGGUGGAUUACUAGCCCAGUGUCAAGUUAUGGUGUUUGGAGGACUCCAAACGCACAAACCUACAGGGGCCCCAAGUCUAAAAGUGGACCUCUUGGGCCACCUGGCCUAAUGUAUUUACCGAACUAUUCGCCCUCUAUGCCAGUCCUUGAAAGUGGAGGUAUAAGUAACUUCAUUGCAAAUUCACCAUUUACAACUGGUGUACUGGUGCCUGAUGGGGUAUCCAUUCAUUAUGGUGCUGGUGAAUAUGCUCAGAAUAGUAUGGCUCGAGCAACCAGUGCUCCCGGUCUGUCAGAUUUGUUCAGUGAAUCUUCAGUACCAAGCUCUCCAGAUGAUGUCACAAAGGAGCCAGAUUCUAUUUCCUUUGCAGUUUUGAGGAGAGACAUGGCAACACAAAUGAGCUCUGAUGACAGUACACAUACAUCUCCCCAGGAAAGGUCAUCUUCAAUCCCUCCUGGAGUGGAGCAGAGCAGGCAGCAUUCCACUAAAGUCGAGAUUAGAGACGUGCAGGUUGACAAAGGAGACCCAAUUUUAGGGCUAUCUCGGAAAAGCCGGGUGAGGAAACCCAAGAAACAAUUACCAGACAUAAGUUCGCCUAUCUCAACGUGGGAUGUUGUAGAUGGAACAAAGAGUAUGACAAAGUCGCAAAGAGAGGAAGCCAGGAUCGCUGCUUGGGAGAACUUGCAGAAGGCCAAAGCAGAAGCAGAAAUCCAAAAGCUUGAGAUGAAACUAGAAAAGAGGAGGUCAGCAUCCAUGGAUAAGAUUCUGAACAAGCUUAGACACGCUCAGGUGAAGGCCCAAAAUAUGAGACGUGCAACUUCGGAGAGUCAGCCUAGAAGGGAUUCCCACAGAAUCAUUCCAUUUCGGGAGUAUUUCAAGAUUACAUCAUUUAGCAGUUGCUUUGUUUGCCGUAUCCCUUGAUUUUGUGUACAGGCAUGAGGCUUUCUGAAGUAAAAUUCAAGUCAUUGUAGGUGGUUCUUGUCAAAUCUAGAGCCUCAGUUGUUAAUGGUAAUCUAAAGGAACAGACAACUCGUUGCUGACUGCUUUAUUCAGUAAUCCACCUACUUUUGGCUAUGUAUUCAGGCCUUAUCA